AUGGCAGCUUCACUUCUUCGCCUGCAUUUCCAUGAUUGUUUUGUGUUGGGUUGCGAUGGUUCGGUUCUUUUGGAUGAUUUUGAAGGUGUAGAAAGUGAAAAGAAAGCCGGACCUAAUUUGAACUCUUUAAGGGGAUUUGAAGUCAUUGAUGAAAUCAAAUACCUUGUUGAAGAAGCAUGUCCUUGUAUUGUGUCUUGUGCUGAUCUUCUAGCUAUUGUUGCUCGUGAUGCCGUAGCUUUGAGAGGUGGGCCCAAGUGGAAUGUGUAUUUAGGAAGGAGAGACUCAAUGAAAGCAAGCGUGAAUGGUGCAAAUAAAUUUAUUCCUUUUCCAAAUUCUUCUUUGGAAACCCUAAUUGCCAACUUUCGAUCUCAGGGUCUUGGCAUUCAAGAAUUGGUUGCUCUUUCAGGUAGCCACACAAUUGGGAAGGCAAGAUGUAAGAGCUUUAGACAAAGAAUCUAUGACUACAAAGAUUCUAUGUCAAGCUCGUACAAUCACCACCCAAAAGACGAAGAGUUUCAGAAGGUUCUAGAAUCAAUAUGCACGGUAUCCGGAAGAGACGACGUAUUGGCCCCACUAGAUUUCAUGACCCCAACAAGAUUCGACAAUCAAUAUUUCCACAACAUUAAAAGUGGCAAUGGUCUCCUAAUUUCAGACAAUGUGUUAUUGUAUGAUGGCGUGGAAGGAGAAAUAAGAGACCUUGUUUGGGCUUUUGCCUUGGAUGAAGAAUAUUUCUUUGGGUUGUUUGCGCAUUCGAUGAUAAAAAUGGGGAAUAUACAUGUACUUACGGGGAAACAAGGAGAAAUAAGAAAGAAUUGUAGGUUCAUUAACACCUAA